UUAUCUCUGGAGUCCCGUCACCGGCGCUCUCACUCAGACCACCAGUCCAGCCGCCGUGUGGGAUGGGCACAGUCUUCAUCACCUCCAUCCUCAUCAUCACCAGCAUUACUCCUCAUCACAUCAGCACCAAAACCCCGCGGACCGGUCCACCGCAGCUCUUCUCAAUCGGGUUCCCGCGCGCCCGCUUCUUCCUCGGUGAAUGACUUGGCGCAACUUUUGCGCACCUGUUAGCGUGAUUUCAGCGGAGUUCCCGGAACAGCGGGGCAGCGGACCGCGGCGCAGACAUGAACUCCAGCGCGUUCAACGACACGGACCCGGGUUUCUUCUCCAACCGGAGCAGCGAGAACUUCCUGAGCUGCUGCAGCCUGUCCCCGGCCCUGACGGACAGCGGCGGCUCGGCGGGCGCGGCGCUGGAUGAGCGCAGCACCUUCAUCAUGAGCGUGGUGCAGAUCGCCGUGAUGUGCGUGCUUGCGCUCACCGUGGUGUUCGGCAUCUUCUUCUUGGGAUGUAACCUCCUGAUCAAAUCCGAGGGGAUGAUCAACUUCCUGGUGACGGACAGGAGAUCCUCCAAGGAUGUGGAAGCGGUGAUCGUGGGCUCCUAUUAGCGCGUAAAAACGCGCGGGCUCGAGCCCCCGUUCCGCCGUUUCCACGUCCCGGGAGCCUUGUGGAAGCUGAUUUCUUACUUUCUGAUUUUCAGUAAACCACAGCUCCUCACCCCCAGAGGAACCGAGAACCAGUUAGACCAGCACAAUGGACCCCUCUCCAAACCCCGCAGACUUUCCGCAAAAACAGCAGAUCUGAAAGACGCGACGCGUCGGACGAUCAAAUUCAAUCAAUUUCUCUCUCCGGUCCGCUGUUCUGGAUUGCGCUGCUACGAAGUAAUGUAAAGUAAAACUCUGUUUUGUAAAGAAUUGAUUGUUUUUAAAUGUGUUGAAGAACUGCAUGGUGUCUGAAAACAGCCUGGACAACAAGUCCCUGCUAUCGUCCAAAUAAAUGAAACAGAUCUACUGUUA